UGUGGCAGGGUGACGCGCGCGGGCAUUAAAACGACAACUAGACGUGAUUUAUCAACGUGACGGCGAGGAAUCAACGUCGAUAUUUAAAUAAAUGAAGAAUCGACAUGUUUGCUCGGCUUCAAAAACGUAUUUUCGAAGUAAACAGCCGACGUAGCUUCCACGCAAUCCCUCGCUUCCGAUGUAAACAACCUGGUGUAACGCUAAUAUGCGUCCCAGUGAAACGCAACCCCCCCUGGAAGUUGUUCCCCCUUUGGGAGGUUUGCCACAGGGCGCGGACGAGGCGUCGAUGAAGAGGCCAGAAAUUAUCCCUCAAAUGAGUCACAAAUGCAUUUAAUCCAAUGACAUUUGGAACAGUGACGGGUUCAGAUAAAACUGGAGGGAUGUGUUAUUAUUUUUAAAUAAUAUUUGUGACUUUAUAAACAGUCACUGACACAUUUAUUCUUUUGGACAUUAGAAUAUAUCUGGUGUAAAAAACGGUUUGUUACAUUAAAACCGCCAUAGACGGUUCCCGGUGUAUGUGUGUUUGACAUGUGUGCGCGCGCGCACGCGUGUGUAUGUUGUGAGCGUGCCAAUUAACUAUUGAUUUAUUCAUGUUCCCGUGCGCGGGCAGGGGCUCAGAUGCUAGCCGAUAGCAAGCUAGCAAUUUAUAUCAAAAUGCAUGUAGUCUCGACAGCCGGGAGGAAACACUAGUGUCCAAAUACAUGUCCACGUGAAGCGAUACGGUUCGUGGGGGCGAUUGGGGAAACCGCGGGAGAGUUCUUCCCCAUUUUAAUGACCCGCAAAUCCACCAAAUUAUUUUUUUCCCCGGCCCCUGGAGCCAGAGCGCUCGAACAAGAGGCGCCCGAGCACCGUGUGCGGAUGUGAAGAAGAAACCCGAUGUUAACCGGGGGAGUAACGGCGAGCUAACCGACGGCGGACUGGAAUCUACCGUGAAACACUAGCGGGCUUGGACUGACCCCUCCGGAUAGUGGUGAUGUUCUGAGCCUGAGCUCCACGCAGCCGUUCUAAUCUGAACCUUUGAAUCCUGCUGUCACAGCCCCCUUUACCGAGCACCUUCUCCAGUUGUUCAGCGCCACUUGCUAUAAUGGAUUGGGCCACGCCAGCCGCCAAACUGAAUCCCUACACCCGAGCCCGCAUGUCCGAGGCCUGGCAGCAGCAUGCGGUCGCUCCGCCUGCGGUCGUCCACACCCUCCCCCCGGGGGCGGAGAGCGCGCUGGGCUGCGCCGUGUACGGCAUCGUGCUGCAGCCGGACGCCACGUCUUUGCAGCAGAGCCAGCACGGCCAGCAGCACAGCGGGACGCCGCAGCACGGCAGCGUGCAGCACGGCCAGCAGCACCCCGCCCAGGCCCAGCCGACCGCCCUCCAGGUCGGGGCCGAGGGGGGACACAAAUGCGGGGCCUGCGGGCACGACAUCUCCCACCUGGCCAACCCGCACGAGCACCAGUGCAUGGUGAACCAGGACCGGUCGUUCCAGUGCACCCAGUGCAUGAAGAUCUUCCACCAGGCGACGGACUUGCUGGAACACCAGUGCGUGCAGGUGGAGCAGAAGCCGUUUGUGUGCGGGGUGUGCAAGAUGGGCUUCUCCCUGCUCACCUCCCUGGCCCAGCACCACACCGCCCACAACAGCACCAACCCGAUGAAGUGUUCCAUCUGCGAGAAGACCUUCCGGCCCGGCUCCUCCGGCGACGUCACGCCCAACUCCAACAACGCCCAGCAGCCCACCAGCGACGGCGCGUCGGCCAGCAGCAGCUCCGCCGUCCCGCCCUUCCCGUCGGCGCGGGACCGGCCGUACAAGUGCUCCGUCUGCCAGAAGGGCUUCCGGCACCUGUCGGAGCUGACGCGGCACGAGCGCGUGCACACGGGCGAGAAGCCCUUCAAGUGCGACACGUGCGACAAAGCCUUCAGCCAGUCGUCCCACCUGCAGCACCACCAGCGGACGCACAGCAGCGAGCGGCCGUUCAAGUGCGCCGUCUGCGAGAAGAGCUUCAAGCACCGCUCCCACCUGGUGCGCCACAUGUACGUGCACUCGGGCGAGCACCUCUUCAAGUGCAACCUGUGCGAGCUGCACUUCAAGGAGUCGUCGGAGCUCCUCCACCACCCCUGCCACCCGCAGGGCUCCCGGCCGUUCCGCUGCGCCACCUGCGGCAAGGGCUUCAAGCGGCCGUCGGACCUGCGGCAGCACGAGCGCACGCACUCGGAGGAGCGGCCCUUCCACUGCGAGGAGUGCCAGAUGAGCUUCAAGCAGCAGUACGCGCUGGUGCGCCACCGCCGCACGCACAAAGACCCCUCCGACCGGCCGUUCAAGUGCAACCUGUGCGACAAGGGCUUCAUGCAGCCGUCGCACCUCCUCUACCACCAGCACGUCCACGGCAUGGACAACCUGUUCAAGUGCGCCUCCUGCCAGAAGGAGUUCAGCCAGUCGGGGGAGCUGCUGCGGCACAAGUGCGGCGAGUCGGCCAACUCCUCGCCGGACAAGCCGUACAAGUGCGACGUGUGCGGCAAGGGCUACAAGAAGAGCGCCACGCUGCAGCGCCACCAGAACUCCCACUGCCAGGAGAAGCCGCUCAAGUGCUCGCUGUGCGACCGCCGCUUCCUGUCCUCCUCGGAGUUCGUGCAGCACCGCUGCGACCCGUCGCGGGAGAAGCCGCUCAAGUGCCCCGAGUGCGAGAAGCGCUUCAAGUACUCGUCGGACCUGGGCCGGCACCGGCGCGUGCACUCGGGCGAGAAGCCGUACAAGUGCGACCACUGCAACAAGGGCUUCAAGCAGCGCGAGCACCUGGUCAAGCACCAGAGCACGCACUCCAGGGAGGGCCAGUUCAAGUGCGUGUGGUGCGGCGAGCGCUUCAGCGACUUGGGCUCGUUGCAGGACCACACGGCGCAGCACACGGCCGAGGGGGGGGCGUACCCGGUGCCCCAGGGCUGAUGGAGCCGCCGAGACUUCUGAACAGACAAGCCCCCCCCCCCCAAACCCCCGUCUCCGCGCUUUGCAGUCCAGACUAUUAUCGUUGCGUUCAUUCCCACCGGGUACACUUUACUGACCCGCCCAGAGCCCCCUUUUAAUACCAUGGUCGUGUCAUUCCAUAAGACCCUCCAGCUGCACCUUCCUUUUGGGGCCACCCUCUUCUUUUGCUUUUCGUCCCUCCCCCCUCCCCCCCAAUCAGACAGUGGAUGGCAGCGAAGAGGCCCCGGCUGCUCCGGCUCCCCCGGUCAUACUUCCUCAGACGAUGCAGGUGGAUCCAAAAAAUCCCUCCUUAUUUCCUCCCUUUUUAUAUUUUGACUGACUGAAUCAAUAGCGUUGAGUAUCCAUCUGAACUGACUCGAGGGGCAUCAUUCACCUUGUUCUUUUCCCCCUCCUCCCUCUUCAUCUCUGAUCACUUCAGUUUCUUCCUCUCCUCUUUCUUUUGCUUCCUCAGUGUCGGAUGCGCUGGGGCACGUUUUGACCAAACCCCUCAGACACACCUGUACUCUCAUUCAUUUGUCUGUAGUCGGGCGAAGAGUGAUUUCGAAACGCUUUUGGAUUUUUCAUCUCCCUCCAGUUCCAGGGCCACGGCUCUUGUCCCGCGUCGACAUCGCCGCGUUAGGAAGGUUCACAUCGCUGGAUGCUGAGAGCCACGUGGAGGCAAAAGAUCCCAUCUGAAGUUUUACAUUUUGCGCCUUUUUGAACAUAUUUAUACGGUCGUCAGUAAACCGCUCGGCGUGUGUGAAGGGAAAGGUGUGUGUGGGGGGCGGGAUUUAUGAUCCUAUAGUGAAGUAAUUCCAAUGAUCAUUUGUCUGAGUGUAUGUGGGGGCCGUGCUUUUUAAGUGUGUCGACAAACCAGCAAGCCGAAGUUACCAUCAAUAAAUACCCAGAGGAUUGAUGCUAAUGUCACCCUUCAGUAUAGACAAAUAUUAAAUAUAUAUUUCACACUAAUAUAAUAUUCGUAUUCCUGCAGACGUCAGUGCUGUCGGACAUCUUUUGAACUGAGUUUGUCCAAUUUGGAACAUUACACUCCAUCUCUCAGCCUGUACAUACUGUGUGUGUGUGUGUGUGUGUGUGUGUGUGUACACGUCGUCUGACGAGUUGGAUAAGUCAGAAUGUGUCUUUCUUAAAAACAAUAUGUGAGAACUGUUUUUGUAUUCUUGCUACUUUCUACCACGUAAAAGAAUAGUCCUUUUUUUGUAGUGAUUGUAUCGGUGUGUUGCAGGGAAUCUCAAAGAGCAGCCUGUGUGUGUGUGUGUGUGUGUGUGUGUGCAUGUGUGUGAAUGGAAACGGUAUUCUGUCAAACAGGGAUAUUCAGACUGUAGAGAAAUGUCUUAGAAAUGUUCACGCAGACCCUUUGUCUUUCAUUUUCCGUUGUUCAAUACUUCCCACGUCUUGGAAGGAAUGUAACCGCCGCUCCUCGUUGCGUUGAGCGUGGCGUCACAUCCGGGUCUUUCUCCCGGACUGAACGGCGCCGUCUCCUCCGAACGCCAUGAGAUUGUAGUCGCGCUUGGAGAAACCCGGAGAACAAGUUGGUUUAUGAUCAAUACCUGUGAUCAGGGGUUCCUUUUGGGCUGCAGCGCUGAAUACAAGUAUUUCUUCUUCUUCGGGCUUGCACUUCCUUUCUUUUCGUUUGAGCCUUAGAGCCUCUCCGCCUCUUUUCCUCCCCUCCUGCUUUCUGACUGAAGUCGGGUGGUUGGUGUCUCGUCAGCCGUCACAUUUUUUAUUUUGUAAUCUUCUGAAUCUGGCAUUAUAAGACUGAAAACAACUUGAAGAAGUACUGUCUGUGUUUUUUUAUUUUUUAUGUUUUCACAUUUGUUUGUGUAUUUCUUUUUUUAUUAUUAUUAUGAAUCUAUAAAGUGAUAUGAAAAUCUGUAUUCCUCGUCGGAGAGACCAGGGCCGUGGGGUAGGAUUUGGGAGGGAGGAAUAUGGCGUGUUUUUUUAAUUUAAUAAUCUUUUUUUAACUGCCUGAGUUGCGCUUCUCAAUGUCCCUCGGCUUCUGAAGCCGACUCGACGUCCCCACAAAGGAUUCUGUGAGGCGGUGGCUCAAAAUAACCGUCAUUGAUUCCAUAUGACUUGACUUGGUGCUGACAUCAGAAGUGUAUGAUAUGAAGAAGAAAACAACAACAAGAAAGCAGCCAGUCACGUGAUUGUCCUGUGUGUUUUACAGAGAACCAGUGAGCAUCAGUUCUGGGUUCAAAAGCUCAAAUCCCACGUCAGGGAAAGGAGAGGAACGUCUCCUGUAUAAGCACAAAUACAAUAAACCCACCCCACCUGGGGGGGGGGGGGGGAUAGUUUAGGCGCCACCCUCGCUGACCUCCUGGGCUCCGGGGGAUGACCCCGUCGGACCCUGGUGUCUCUUGCUCUCUGCAUGCUUGUUGUGUUAGUUCCUGUGUUCUGUCCCCGGGAACCGGUGCUCCCCCUCGCCCCCUCUUCACAACACUGUUCCCUCCUAUAGCUUUUUUUAUUUGUUUUAAUUUUUUAAUUUUUUCAAAUUGUAUUGUAGUUUAUGUGAAUGAUGUUGGGGAAAACUUAAUAAAAAAAAAAAAAAAAAACUUGUGGCGACGUACAGUACGUGUACGUUCAUGCUAAGAUUAUCUCUAUGUAUGUAUGUAGCAUUCAAUUACACAGCACUAACAAAUAAAACUUUUUCAUUUAUAAA